AUGGAGAAAUCAAAACUAGCAGUUUUGAUUUUCCAUGCGUAUGCUCAUGUUCAACACUGCCUGAUUAAGCUCAAUCCUAAAUAUAGAGAUGAGUUUGGCUUGACAGAUGGUGAAUGUUUGGAGCGCCUCUGGUCAUAUCUUAACCGCUUUGUGACGAUGACCAGAAAGAUGGGACAAGCAAACCAGAAGUUGGUCUUGUACAGAGCCAUCAAGUUCUGCAAUGAGACGAAGAAGGUUCAGUUGGGCUUGAUGUUGGAGGGUAAGUAUGUCAAAGCAAAGCGCAUCAUAGAAGAAGCCAGGAAGGUGUUGGAGGGAUUCGACUGUGUUGUAAUUGAGCGAGAAUGGAAGCAGCAUGUUAACAAGGUAGAGAAAUCGGAGAACUAUGUUGACAUUGCUGAUUUGAUGGAGUCUGGCCAUAAGGUUCAAGGCAAUAUUGCUUUGUUCCUUGUAAAUUUUACAAUUUUGCGCCGACUAAGAGAGCUCACUAAUGAUGCCAAUGGAAAUCAUGUGAAAGAUGAGAUCAAUAGGCUGAAGCACGAAAUAGAGAAGUUGAAGGCAAAGAUCCAGGAAGAAGUUGAGGGCUUCCAAGAACCUGAUGAAGAAAAUACAAACCUCAUAAAAUAUAUAGAAGAAAAUGUCUAG